AUGUCAGUGCUUAUGGUGACGAGUUUAGGGGAUCUGGUUAUCGAUUUGCACACUCAAAAGUGUCCCUUAACCUGCAAGAACUUCUUGAAGCUUUGCAAGAUUAAGUACUACAAUGGCUGUCUAUUUCACACCGUUCAAAAGGAUUUCACUGCACAGACUGGUGAUCCAACUGGAACCGGCACUGCUGGCGAUUCUAUCUACAAGUUCCUUUAUGGUGAUCAAGCUCGGUUUUUCAACGACGAGGUUCAUAUUGACCUAAAGCAUUCCAAGACUGGAACUGUUGCCAUGGCAAGUGCUGGAGAGAAUAUGAAUGCUUCACAGUUCUAUAUAACUCUGCGUGAUGACCUUGAUUACCUUGAUGGAAAGCACACUGUUUUUGGCGAGGUAGCUGAAGGAUUUGAGACUUUGACUAGAAUAAAUGAGGCUUAUGCAGAUGGAAAGGGCAGACCCUUUAAAAAUAUCAGGAUCAAGCAUACUUACAUCCUUGAGGAUCCUUAUGAUGAUCCUCCUCAGCUACCUGAGUUUAUUCCUGAAGCUUCACCUGAGGGAAAACCUAAGGACGAGGUUGAUGAUGAAGUCAGACUUGAAGAUGACUGGGUGCCUAUGGAUGAACAAUUAAACCCAGGAGAGCUGGAAGAGGUUAUUAGAUCAAAGGAAGCACAUUCUAGGGCAGUUGUGCUUGAGAGUAUUGGGGAUAUUCCUGAUGCUGAGGUAAAGCCUCCAGAUAAUGUACUAUUUGUCUGUAAAUUAAAUCCGGUGACUGAGGAUGAGGACUUGCAUACAAUAUUUUCACGCUUUGGAACUGUAUCAUCGGCUGAAAUCAUCCGUGAUCAAAAUAGUGGUGACAGUUUAUGCUAUGCUUUUAUAGAGUUUGAUGACAAACAGGCAUGUGAGCAGGCAUAUUUCAAGAUGGAUAAUGCUUUGAUUGACGAUCGGAGAAUACAUGUAGAUUUUAGUCAAAGUGUUGCAAAACUGUGGUCACAAUACAACAGGAAAGAUAAUAAGGCUGGUGGUUGCUUCAAAUGUGGUUCCACAGAUCAUAUUGCCAAGGAUUGCACUGGAGAUGCUACAGUGAAACAACCCACAAAAUAUAUAUUGAAGGACAAUAAUGCCCAACGUGGUGGACAAAAUGCGAAAUACGAAAUGGUUUUUGAUGGAGAUAACACAAAAAGUCCAAGGAGAGAAACGAAACACCAAAGACAUAACAAAGAUGACCGAGAUGAUAAAAGAGGCAGGAAAGAAAUUUUUAAAGAUGAUAGUCAUAGAGGCCGUAGAGAUCAGGAGAUGGCAUGCUUAAAUAACAGAGACAGGUAUGGCGAUAGAAGCAGAGAGCUUGAAGGAAAUGGAGAUGAUAAAGCACGACUGGAAAGAGGUGCAAGAGAUACAGGUUUGCAGGAUGACAAGAAAGACAGAGAAAGGCACGUGGGAAGACAAAGAGAUGAUGACUAUCGACAAAAAGAUGAGCUAGACUCGAGAAAAAGAGACUUAGGUUAUAGCUUCACAGAAAGGCAGGCUAGUCGAGAUGAAAGGAGAAAAACUGAGGCUAGCCAUUUGGGUAGGAGGAAUGACAGAGAUUAUAGGAAGAGAACUGAAGACAGUGGAAGGCCAGAUGUGAAGAUUGAUUCUGGACGAAGAAAACGAAGCCCAGAUGAUGAGGAUUACAAACAUAGAAGAAAUGACGAGGAUUGCAUAGAAAAUGUGAAGAUUGUUUCAGGACGAAGAAAACGAAGCCCGGAUGAUGGGGAUUACAAACAUGUAAGGGACCGUGAGGAUUACAAACAUAGGAGGGAAGAUCGUGGACAUAGAAGACGUGAUACUGAACCUGAUGAAUAUCCUCAUCCUCAUAGAAGGCAUCACGGCGAUAAGAGAUGA